AUGUUUGAAGACCCUGCCCCCCUCCGUUUUCGUACAUUGGACAUUCUGCGAACAUUGGCCAAGCACAUUCUCAACGACUUGUCUCACGAGGAGGUCAGCAUUCAACACAAUACAGGUGCCGGACUUAUUAUCAGAGCUUUUGAAGGUGUCGAUUCACCCUUACCUGGUACAACCAAAUCCGCCAAGAAAAUCAAGGUCGCCAAUGCUUGCGAGCGAUGUCGAAAACGCAAAACGGGUUGCGAUGGGUACUUGCCUUGUGGGACUUGUGUCAAACAACGACACGAGUGUCGCUAUGCACCAGGGGUAUCAGCUCCUUUACGACCUUCCACCGCGUCUCCACCGCCACCACCACAAAACGACGUGCCAUUGCCGACACCUCCUGAACCCAGUCCACGUAUACAACAACAACAACAACACCAAUCCUUUAGAAUGGAUCGAUUCAAUGCUGCUACGACGACUACGACGACGUCUACUACAUCAUCCACUCCUCCUGUCAACGUGGCUCCUCCAAUGACAUACAACCCAUCCACACCUAUGGCAUCUCCUCCCACUACAACAAAUUGUCCUGCACAGCAUUGCAUGUCAAUUGAUCCAUCAGGUCACUUUAUGGGUGAAACAUCUUUUUAUGUCAACAAUGCCAACAUGGCAUCAUCCCUUCUUCCAGCAACAUCAUCCGUGUUUCCGCCACUCGAGAUUCCGAAUCUAUCGAUUGAAAUGCAAUCCAUGCUUGUGGAGUAUUAUUGUGCCAAAGUGGAUCCGUUUUUCCCUUCGAUCCUUGGUAAACAUCGAAUUUUCAUCGAACUCGAUCAUUGUCGCACAGGUCAACCUUCCACGCUCUCGCCUCUCUUUUUUUACGCCUUAUUUGCACGUGCCAUAGCAACAGCAGCAUCGUCUCAUGGCAACAACAACAACAACCCUCCUCCUUUGGCAGCAGCGAUUGAUCCAAGUUUGAGCCAGCACUUUUUGCAUAUGGCUUUAAAGCAUCGUGACGAAUACUAUGAUACACCCCAUUUCAGCACCGUGCUUGCGUUAGUGAUCAUCGCCAAUCAAUUGGAGCAUAGCAAAUUGGAAAAGCAUCUCACGCGUGCAUGGCUCUUAGUGGGUGAAGCUGUACGUCUAGCCAUUGAUAUGGGUCUUCAUCGGAUUUUUCGAUUCCGCCAAAAGGAGAAUGAUUUGGAAGCACAAUGGUGCAUUCGCACCUUUUGGUCAUUGUUGGUGACUGAACGCACAAUGAGUAUGACCUAUGGAAGACCUUCCAUUCUCGAUGAAAAGGACAUUGACAUCCCCUUACCAGAAUACGUUGCAAGCGAGGAUGAUGAAUAUACAGCUGAUUAUAUCAAGAGUCUUCGAUACAUGACCGUCAUGAGCAACAUUGCUGGGAAAAUUAUACGUUACAAUUACAGCGUACAAACACAAUUACCUGGAGCCUUCAAGACGAAUGCGACCAUGUCCACAGUCGACACAUGGCUUAGUUCUGAAUGCCAUCCCUUGGAAGAGUACCUUGCCAAUAUCCGGGGAUCGCAAACGACGAAGAGUAGGAUGAAUGGCUUAGAGGCGCUGUAUUUCAUGCACAACCUUAUUCAGGCACACCGCCCAUUUGUCAACCAGGAUAGUGGAACCAAGGCACCCUUUGCACGCCCGUCAUUUGAAAUAUGUUUCCUUGCUGCCAUCAUUAUCAGCUAUGUGGUGUAUACCAUUCCACACUCUGAGCUGAUUCAAUUAUCAAUGUCGCCGCCCACGUUGCAUGUUGUGGUGAUGGCCUUGCGUAUUCAUCUGGCGAAUGCUUCCUCACAUGAGUCGGAUCGAAGGACUACUAUAUUUAGCGAAAUAUCAUUUGACAAGACGAUGGCUCGAUUGGAUUCGCUUCCUAUUAUUGCAAACAAUAUCCAUCAAGCUUCAAUGCUAUCAAGGACAUUGGAGUAUCUCAAGGCAAGAUACCAUCAACGAUCGCAAUCGAUUGUAUCUGGAUAUGCAUCAACCAUCACCAUGACGUCUCAACAGCAACAACCCACCACCACAUCCAUGGCAACAACAACAACAAGCACUGCUGCAAAUGAUCAUCAUGGCUCAAUACAAGUAAUGUCAUCACCCUACAAGACGUCAACAGAUUCAAGUAGUAGUAGUAGCAGUGCUACCACGAGUCAGCCAUUUACAUUUAUUGCAUUUCACUCGGAUGGCACAACACGCCGUCGAGCUUCAUCAUCUCCAUCAUCUUCCAGACGCAGGCAACAACAACGACAGCAACAACAGCAAACGUCAACUAACACUACCACCACCACCAACAACAACAACAAUACGUCUUCAUCAUCCUCACCACCACCACCACCACCACCUACUGGAUAUGGACUUCUCGAUAUACCAACACCCGCAUUACCCUCCUCCACUUUGGACAUGUACAAUAACCAAGCUGAUUACUUUUUCCCUGCCCCUGAAGGAGAUCCAGAUCUUCCAAGUUCAAUAUUAUCCAACAAUGAAUUUCAUUACUUUUAA